GUUUCCUCUCGUAGUCAUGUCUGAACCACACGCACCUCAUCCAGAGCUGGCGCACGCCAUGUGCUCGACGGUUUGCCGCUGACACGGCGCACGGCGCGCGCGUCCAUGGCGCUUGCUCUCCUCCCGCCCUCGCCCGCAUCCCACCGCCGCUCGCUUCGUCCCGUUUCCUCUCCGCUUCUCACGCGUGUCACCACCGCCGCCAGCUUCGGCCUUGCGUUUUCUUCCCAUCCCUCCUCCGGCUGCUGCUCUCUGCAGAGGACUGGCGCCGCAGGAGGCGACGGUGAUGGCGCCGGCGAGGCCUCAUCGGAAGCGCCGGUGGCUGGAUGGCUCGACACGGACCUGCUCAGGCGGGUCUCAGGCGCGGGGGAUGCGGACCAGGCGCUGGACAUUGUCGCAGACUCGGCGGGAGGUUCGGGCGCCGCUCUGGAAGCGCCCGAAUGCAACGCGAUCAUUGCCGCGGCACUUGACCGAGGCAACGUCGAUCUCGCGCUCUCGGUGUUCGAAGCCAUGCGAUCCGGCUUCGCGGGAGUAGGAGGCUGGAGGUGGGCGAGACCGGACGAUCGGACAUAUGCCUUGCUCGUACAGCGGUUGGCAGCCGCCCUGCGUGUUUCUGAUGCAAUCAGGAUAAUCGAUUAUGCAUCUUGCGCUGGUGUUUCUUCUACAGAGGAGGUUCCUUUUGGGAUUAUUGUUCGCUGUCCAACCUGCAUGGUAGCAGUUGCUGUUGCUCAACCGCAGGAUGGAACUCAGGUUGUUUCCUGUUCAAAGUGUCGAUAUCAAUAUGAAUUAUUUUCUGGAGACAUUUCAAGCAUCGAAUCUGAAGAAGUUAGCAUGGAUAUUUCAGCUCUGGAGAAGGCAUUGAGAUUCAUUAAUAUAAGAAAAGAUGGUCUUCCAGCUGCUGUCCACUCUAUUGUGAUCCGAGCACCUUCAGGAAUAGCGCGCACUCAUAGAUUUGCUACCCAGAAUGUAGAACUCCCUGCUCAAGAAGGAGAAAGAGUAACCAUUUCGUUGGCAGCCCCAUCCAAUGUUUAUCGUGAAAUGGGUCCCCUCAAGAUUGCUGCACGCUCACAAGGAUUUAAACCAGGCGAGCCUAUGUGUCUGACUAAUCACAGCAAUGGACAAGUCUCAAAGUUGCUAAGAGCUCCAUCAAUGAAUGAAGGAUCAUUUUUCCUUAGCCCAUAUUUAUUGGUCGGUGCUCUUUCUUUGCUUGCCUCUGGAGAUGCUGCUUCCGCAUUCAUUGACCCAAGUCUUCCUAGACUUAUUACAGCAACUGCAAUUGCAUCAGCUGCCAUCGGAACAACUCUAAAUCAAGUGGUCCUGCCAGAAAUUCAAAAGCUUCCACAAAAGGCAGUGGAUAUAGUUGCUGUACGGCAGCAGCUUUUGUCUCAGUAUGACAUUCUUCAGAGCCGUCUUAAGGAACUGAAACAGUUGGCUCAAAAAGAGGUGUGGAUGCUCGCAAGGAUGUGUCAAUUGGACAACAAAAUACUAGCAGUGGGCGAACCAUCUUAUCGUGCUAGACGAGGUAGAGUAAAGAGGGUACGGGAAAGCUUGGAAAGCACACUCUCUGCAAGGAUUGAGCUAAUGGAAAGUUAUGCAAAAGUAAUCAAGGAAAAAUUGUGUUCAAUGAUUGAAAUUGAAAUUGAGAUGGACUCUGAUGUUAUUGCUGCUGAAGUGGCAAGCAGUGCAGAGAGAAUAUCUGAGCAAAUUCAACAAUUAAUGGAGAUCGACAGCCUUGAAGAGCAAUGGCGUAUACAAGCUGAAGCUAAUGAUGAAGCUGAAAGGCUUCUGAGUUCUGAUUCUUCAGAAACAUUGCCUGCUGGACAUAUGUAAUGUAAUUUUGGUAAUGAGCAAGCAUUAUUCUCCUAUUUCCUAUUUAGAUAUUUAUAUCUCUGCAAUUUUAAUGUUCUUUACCAAAUUAAAAACAAAUUUCUAGUUUAGGAUUUUGAAGGAAAAUACUGUUACAGAACAUUAGGAAAACGAACCAUAAACCCUGCAACAGAAUAAUACAGAAUAUUGAUUGGAACCGUGCAGCAAAAGUAAAUAUCUUUGUCCUUAUUGCAUUCCUUCCACAUAUGCUCACCCAUCAAAUGACACCGCACAGAUUAGGACAAGCUUCUAGAAGUAGCAUGUAUGAUGUUUACAUCACAAAGAUGCUGUAAUGGGAGGCCACCUCCCUUAUUCAAUUGUUGAAUCCAAGAGUUGGACUGUAGACUAAUCAAACUUUAGGAGAGCCUGAGGGGCUAUCAUAAGGAUGUGAUCAAAGAUAAUAAAAAGCCAAUUGCUUUUUGAAAUGCUACCCAAUGAUAUUUGUGGUGGUAGAAAAGGUUGCUAAAAAUAACUGAAUUGCAACCAGGAAAUUUGAAAUGCUACCCAAUGAUAGUUUUGUAUGGAGCGGGAUAGACACAAAAAAUCUCCUGUGCAUCAAACUCACAGUCUCAAGUUUGUUGGUGUAUGCUUCCAACAGGUUUUCUCUGCUCCAAAAAUAGGGGCAUGUAACUGCUAAUGUUGUUCCAGACUUCCAGUUUCAGGAGUGGGUGAUAGUUGAAAAUUGCUGUGCAAGUUUGUUGAAAACUUCUGUAUACUUUUUGCAAGUUUGAUGUGAUUCAUGGUACGCCCUUGAAUGCCCAGUAUUAUGUUGAAAAUUGAAAACUCUAUCUUGUUUCGAGAUGCCAUCAUGAAUUUUCUAACCA